AGGCAACUUCACAAAUCAUCUUCGCAUAAGUUUUUGUCUCUAUCUCUUUUCUUACAGUUUAUUUUAGCAGCCACAAGUCUGACAACUCGCAAGUCUCCUAUAUGAACAUCUCUUCAAUCUCCCCAUAGCAGAACCUUAUUCUGUUCUCGUGCUUCAGACUGGAAUCCAAGCAUCCAUCCACUGCCCAAAACCACCAAAGUCACCCACUUCUACUUUCCUAUAAAACCAAACUCAAAAGCCCAAAAGAAGAUCAGAACAAGAAACAGAUGCACGAUGGCUAUGAGAUCCAUGUCUAUGUCUGAAAACGGAAACCAUUAGCAAAUUCAACAGAAACCCAUUUCUCAAAUUCAGAUUUUAACACUGGCCAUUUGAUUAUUUUUCGCUUUUCUUGACAAAAAGAUUAUGAAGAAAAUUAGAGGGUUCAAGCUUGGACGCAAGCUAGUGAAGGUUUUCAAAUGGAUAAUCCGACCCAGAAGAAGUAACUACACGAAUAGUUUCUUGACACCGCCGAGCAGAAGCUACAACCCGUUAUCCAGAAUCUGCUCAUUUGUGCGGUUUCUUCUACGUGGAAGAACCAAGUGGUUGUGUAAUUCGAAUUCGGAUCCUGGCUAUAUCCAAUUGGGUGAGGAGGGAGUGAAGAAAGUUGGGGUACCGAAGGGGCAUCUUGCCGUGUACGUGGGCGAAUCAGAAGGUGACACAAGGAGGGUGGUACUGCCUGUGAUUUAUUUUAAUCACCAGCUAUUUGGGGAGCUAUUGAAGGAAGCGGAGCGGGUUUACGGGUUCAAUCAAUCGGGUGGUAUCACGUUGCCUUGUGGGAUUUCGGAGUUUGAGAAGGUUACGAUGCGAAUUGCCGAUUGGGAUCAUUGCCGACGCAAAUAACACAAACACCGUCUCUUUUUGUAACGAUAUCUUUCAAUCUUAUUGAAGAUUUACGGUGGAUAAAAAUUUGAUUUGGCAAAUUUUUGUGAA